GCUCUGUCGGCGAGCCGGCGAGGACACAAUGGAGUCAGCCAUACAGAGGCGAGAGCAGCCUGGCCACCGGGAAGCCCCGGCUCUUUGCUAGAUUAUGAAACAACUGCUGAGUGACUGGCGGGCGGUGAGGGCGACGCUGCCGCCACAAGCUUUGGUUUGCCGUUCAGACGUGGCGGAGUGAGCGCUGGGUCCUGCCGGCCUGCUGCAGCGAGCUGUGCCCUCCUCCGGUCGGGACUCCAGCUCCGGCUCCGGCUCUCCCCUGCAGUUUUUUUCAUGCCUUUGUCUGAAAGAUCAGUGCAGUAGAAACCAUCCGAUCGCAGCCAAGAAACAUGUCGGAGGUCAGCAUUGCCAAGCGCAAGGAGAAGUGCGAGAAUUGCACCAAACAGUGCAACAAGAAACAGAGUGAUGAGGGCAUCGGCUCCCACCAGGAGAAUGAUGAAGCCAACGGAGAGGUCAAUGAAGGAUCUCAGUUGCUGCUGAGUGCCUGUCUGUCCUGUGACGGCUGCUUGUCAGAGGAGGAGAGCCUGAAAAUCUCUCAGCAGAGCCUGGAUGAAGUGGACCGGGUUCUGGCCCUCAAUAAGAAGUGCGAUGUGUCCAAACACAAGGCGCUGGUCGUGUCGCUGUGUCCCCAGUCCCUGCCGUUCUUCGCUGUCAAGUUUGGCCUCGACAUCACUGAGGCCACCCACAAGCUCUGCGGCUUCCUCAAGAGCCUGGGAGUGCAGUACGUUUUUGACACCACUCUGGCGGCCGGCUUCAGUAUCUUGGAGAGCCAGAGGGAGUUUGUUCAGAGGUACCGCAGGAGGCACCACGACUCCCACGCCUUGCCCAUGUUCACCUCCUCCUGCCCAGGGUGGAUCAGGUACUCUGAGCGUGUCCUGGGCAGCCUGGUCACCCCUCACAUCUGCACAGCCAGGUCUCCCCAGCAGAUUAUGGGCUGCCUGGUCAAAGACUACUUCGCUAAGCAGCAGAAGCUGAGUCCAGAGAAGGUGUACCAUGUGGUGGUGGCUCCCUGCUUCGACAAGAAGCUGGAGGCGGUCAGAGAGGAGUUCUACAACAGUCUGCUGGAGAGCAGGGAUGUGGACUGUGUCCUCACCUCAGGGGAGAUCUAUUACAUGAUGGAGCGAGCCAAGGUGUCAGUGGAGGAGCUGGACUCAGUUCUACUUGACCAUGUGUUGGGAGAGGCUGGAGACGGGCUGGUGAGACAUGAGGGCCGCGGCUCCGAAGGCUUCCUGGAACAUGUGUUCAAACACGCUGCCAAAGAGCUCUUUGGUCUGGACGUCCACGAGAUCACAUACAAGACCCUCAGGAACCGUGACUUCCAGGAAGUGACUCUGGAACGGGACGGGGAGACGCUGCUGCAGUUCGCUGCUGUCUAUGGUUUCAGGAACAUCCAGACCCUGGUGCACCGCAUGAGGAAGGGGCGUGUGCCUUACCAGCUGGUGGAGGUGCUGUCCUGCCCCGGAGGGUGUUUGAGCGGCCGUGGUCAGGCGGAGAAUGAGGUGGGUGGUCGGGUGGAUAAAAACCUGGUCCAGCAGAUGGAGGAGGCCUACAGCAGCCUGCCGGUCCGCCUCCCAGAGCUCAACCCCGCCCUGCACACCCUCUACCAAGACUGGCUGGAAGGCCAGGACUCCCCGCAGGCCAGCUCAAUGCUACACACCCAGUACAGACACCAGAGUCAGACAGCACACACACCACCCCCACACAUACAGUGGUGAGGAUAAACACAGAUGUGCCUGAUGUGGACGAGGGGUCCUUGAACUCUGCGCAGACCCGGUCAUCCACUGUGUCGGCACCACGAAGCAACACGAGGACCAUGCUGCACUGCAGGCCAGUGAACUAAACCGGAUGUCAGAAACUUGAUAGUUGCCAUUCUUCCAGUUGGCCACAGGGGGGCGAUGUCUGUCACAACUCAAACACUGGUGGGUCUCCUGUGCCAAAUGAGAGCCUUAAAGAAAAUAAGGGUCCAGAGUCCAGAAGGCCACAUAAAUCAGUUUUAUGGAGACAGAAGCAGACAUGUCAGUCUGAUAUCUACAAGGCACAGGAUAAACUCUUGACUGGCUGUUUGUAUAAUGGGGACGUGGCUAAAUGAAAGCUAGGUACAAGGUCACUAGACCAGCAGUUGUGAGACAGAGCAAUAAACCACUGACAAAACCUUUCAGAACUGGAGCUUAUGAAACAAACUCUUGGACGCAGAAUGUACAUUGGGGAGCGUGUUGUAUUUCAAGUCAAGAUGUCCCAUAUGAGAGGUUAGGCUGAGGCUGAGGUGAUCAUGUCCCUGUUGUCAUGAAUGAUUCCAUGCUGAAAGACAGGCCGAGGCCCCAUCAUACAGCAGUCUUACUCUGACUACUAUUGCAAUGCAUGUGCAGCCAUAUGGCAUUAUAGCGUCCCUACAGAUGUCCUUAAUGGAGUCACACUGCUGUAGUGGGGCAACAGGUUAAAGGUCUCUUCCGUCAUGCACUGAGCAACAUGCACUAAAAACCAUGACUUGACCCGACGUGAGUCUCUGCUUAUUUCCGUUUACCGACCCAGUGUUUGUUUUUUUUGUUUUGUUCAUCCGUCCAAAAGGAGAAUCGAAAGAAUCCUUCCAAACGGUACCGAACACUUUGACUUUUGUUGUCUUCUGUUCUUGUUCUGCAAGCAAAAAAGUUGUGUUUUUAAAGGCCAUGUUUUGUUUGUUUUCUCUGUUCUGCACGGCCGCACAUGUGGAAGCAGUAAAAUAUUCUAACAAGUGAAGCGGUCUCAUUUCAAAGUGGGCAUACAAUGAAAUAUAACCAUCACUCACAGAAGCACCUGUGUCCAGCUCUCUUAUUUGCCUCUACCUGCCUUAUAAUGAACAUGAU